ACUAACCAAUCUGCUACAAGCAACGUCAAGGCAGAUGUUAUAAGCGAUGAAGGGUCUGAAACAGAUGAGGUUGACAAUGAUGUUAAUUUGGGUGCAACGGGUGGUUCUAGAAUUAGAAGACAGCCUAAAUGGCUGCAAGAUUAUGUCCAGUGGUAAAUUGUCUUUACAACAAGUUUUUUUUCUGUUGUAGAGAAAUGGCGAAGACGAAGACUACCAGUGCAGAACAGCUGAAGAAAUGUCCAUUCUGUUCCUUUAAAAGUAGAAGUCACUCAGAAUGGAAAGACCACAUGGCCGAUUGUUAUGAAACCAGACACUUUUGUAGACGAUGUGAUUAUUCGACAAAUAAGAAAGUCAACUACAUACGGCAUCUUAAGAGAAACCAUCCAGACGAAGUUGAGAGAGGUCAAGGCAGCCAACAGUCUGAUAAUGCAGAGGGUAUUAAAUCCAGUGAAGAUAGUUUAUCUAGAGAUCUCCACGAGGACGAGUCUUCAGAUGAAGAGGAGUGGCUCUCACAGGAACCCGACAUUACCAUUGACGAAGAACCGGGUACCAGUGGACCUUCACCCUGUGAGAAAGCCGUCGACCCUACUGUUAGAAAGAGGACUCAACCCAUGCCCGUGUAUACACCUGACCGUUGUAAGACACCGAGGCUGGAUGACAAGACAAUUGACACCACGUGCAAAGUUGCACAUAAGGCUUUUCAGACAGAUCCAGUUGUAUAUACCAAGUCGAUCAAGACAACAACCAUUGUCCGGGAGCACGGACGCAAGACAAUCACUGUGAAGAGGGAGAAGAUGCUGUAG